AUAGCUGAGAAACCAAUAUGGCGGCCAAAAAGCGUGCUAUCCCCGAAGUGGAUUAUUCCCAGCUUCAUUCUCUUUCGUCAGUCGUUUUGUACGACACAGCCAGAAAAAAAAUUAAAAGAGGGAAACUGUACGAGGUGGAAAGAAUCAUCGAGAGGCGAAAGACAAAAUAUCAGGACUACGAAUACUUAAUAAAAUGGAGAGGUUGGCCGCUGCAAGACUCUACGUGGGAGCCAUCAGAAAACCUACCUGAGGCUUUAAUUAGAGGCUAUGAAAAACCACCCAAACCAAGCGAGGAGAGGCUGCAAGAUGCUGGUUUCCACUUUGCAACAGCAGUCCUUUCUGCUUUGAAAAGUUCCUCCGUGGCUCCAUUUUAUGUGAACAUGGAGCUAGAUGUGUGGAGAUACCUUUCACACAAGAAGGGAGUUGCUUGUGAACACCGAGGUCAUGUUUUGUAUUCCAAGCAUGACUUCUCCAGGUUUACCACAUUACCCGAGCACUGGUGGUACUACCUGGAUGUGCAUGGGGAAGGAAAGGCAGUGGACUUUCCAAUAAAGAUAAAACCUCUUUUAACUUGGUCCCCUGUUCACUACGUCAGAAAAGCAGGCAAGCUUGCCAAGGCUUCCCAGUUCCCAAUGGAAAAACUUUGUGUGUCAAUGGUGAAAUAUGCUUGUGACAUUAACAACUUAAAUUUUUAAAACUGCAGUGAACUGUUUUGGU